UUUGUAAAUCGCACGCCAGGGUUUUGAAAACCUUUUCCGACACGACCCGCAUCCUCGACCCACAUAAUUAACGUUUCACUAACUUUAAAUCCUUCUUCUCCUCCGUUGCUCCUCCGCCGGGCGCCACCUUUUUUCCUAGUUUAUUUCAAAGUUUCAGUCGGAAUGAGCAGUUGGAGAAGUCUGGUGCUUCGAAUCGGAGAGAAGUGCUCGGAGUACGGCGGGAAACUUGUUUUGGCGUGGUUCGCCGUGAAUUGUUGCAUUCCAGUGAAGAUAUUUUGACUUUCCUUCUUCAGUGUGCUGAACAGUUGCCUCACAAGAUACCUUUGUAUGGAACGCUGGUUGGUCUUCUAAAUUUGGAAGAUGAAGAUUUUGUCAGGAAAGUUCUAGAGAAUACGCAUGAGAAUUUGCAGGUCGCCUUAGAUAGUGGAAAUUGUAACAGGAUGCGGAUACUUAUGCGCUUUCUAACUGUCUUGAUGUGCAGCAAAGUUCUCCAACCGAGUGCCUUAGUGGUUUUGUUUGAAACACUGCUCUCAUCAGCAGCAAUAACAGUAGAUGAAGACAAGGGAAAUCCCUCUUGGCAAGCUUGUGCCGACUUUUAUAUUACUUGUAUUUUAUCAUGUCUACCUUGGGGAGGAGCAGAACUUGUUGAACAAAUCCCCGAGGAGAUGGACAGGGUGAUGAUGGGAAUACAAGCCUACAUGAGUAUUAGAAGACAUGUUUCUGAUGCUGGCUGCUCUCCGUUUGAAUACAUUGAUGACAAAAAUCAGGGUGAUGGUGGAAAUGAUUUUUUGGAGGACCUGUGGAGCCGGAUUCAAGAUCUUUCCAGCAAGGGCUGGAAGCUGGAUAGUGUUCCUAGACCACACCUUUCAUUUGAACCGCAGCUGGUUGCUGGAAAAUCUCAUGAUUUUGGUCCCUUAAACUGCCCUGAGCUUCCUGCUCCUCCUACUUUGGUUACGGGGAUUGCGUAUGGGAAACAAAAGCAUGAAGCUGCAUUAAAAUAUCCUCAGCGUAUUAGGAGACUAAAUAUUUUUCCUGCUACUAAGACUGAGGAUUUACAACCCAUAGAUCGGUUCGUGGUGGAAGAGUAUUUAUUAGACGUGCUUUUUUUCUUAAAUGGAUGCCGAAAGGAAUGUGCCUCAUCCAUGGUUGGCCUGCCUGUUCCUUUUCGGUACGAGUACCUUAUGGCUGAGACAAUAUUUUCUCAGAUUCUGUUGUUACCCCAACCACCUUUCAAGCCAAUCUAUUAUACGUUGGUCAUUAUGGAUCUCUGCAAGGCUCUUCCUGGUGCUUUUCCUGCAGUUGUGGCUGGGGCUGUUCGUUCUCUUUUUGAUAAAAUUGCUGAUCUGGACAUGGAGUGCCGGACACGUCUUAUCCUUUGGUUUUCACACCAUUUAUCAAAUUUUCAGUUCAUUUGGCCAUGGGAAGAAUGGGCUUAUGUCUUGGAUCUCCCAAAAUGGGCACCACAACGAGUUUUUGUUCAGGAGGUACUGGAAAGGGAAGUGCGCUUAUCAUACUGGGAUAAAAUUAAGCAGAGCAUUGAAAGUGCCCCGGCUUUAGAAGAGUUGCUUCCACCAAAAGGUACGGCAAAUUUCACAUACAGUGCAGAAGAUGGAGACGAAACCGAGCGUGGCCUCUCCGCAGAACUCAAUAAACUGGUCAAAGAACGAGUGACUUCUCGUGAAAUAAUCUCCUGGAUUGAAGAUCAUUUGCUUCCAGCUCAUGGCCUGGAUGUGACACUCAGAGUGGUUAUCCAGACCCUUCUCAAUAUUGGUUCAAAAAGCUUUACUCAUUUGAUAACUGUGUUGGAGAGGUAUGGCCAAGUCAUUGCAAGAAUUUGCCCAGAUCAGGACCAGCAAGUUAUGUUGAUUUCUGAAGUGAGUUCUUUCUGGAAGAACAAUGCUCAAAUGACGGCUAUAGCCAUUGAUAGAAUGAUGGGAUAUCGCCUUAUAUCUAAUGUGGCUAUUCUGAGAUGGGUUUUUUCGUCAUCAAUUGUUAGUCAGUUUCAUGUUUCUGAUCGUCCGUGGGAGAUUUUGAGAAAUGCUCUCACUAAGACAUUCAAUCGCAUAACUGAUCUAAGAAAAGAGAUAUUGUCACUCAAGAAGAGUGUUGUAUUAGCUAUGGAGGCUGCAUCUAAAGCUGAAGCUGAUUUAGAGGACGCAAAGUCGAAGCUUACUCUUACAUUAGUGGAUGGUGAACCUGUUCUUGCUGAAAAUCCUGUGAAAAUGAAGCGAUUGAAAUCAAACGCCGAAAAAACAAAAGAAGAGGAGCUUUCUACAAAGGAAUCAUUAGAAGCAAAAGAAGCUCUUCUUGUGCGAGCUAGUGAUGAAAUUGAGGCAUUAUUUCUUCUCUUGUACAAAAGCUUCUCUAGUGUACUGGCGGAACCACUUAGAGAUACAGAUGGAUCCCUGCACCUGCCUAAUGAGGCAGCAGCAGAUGAAAUGGCCAUUGACAAUGAGGAUACACCAACAACAGACUUGGACAACGAGGAUGGAGGUUCCCAGAAAAGUCAUGCCAAUGGGGGAAGGUCCAAAAAUGUUUAUAAUGUCGGUGAAAAGGAACAGUGGUGUUUAACAACCCUAGGCUAUGUGAAGGCCUUCACACGGCAAUAUGCUUCGGAAAUCUGGCCUCUUGUUGAGAAAUUGGAUGCGGAGGUACUGACGGAGGACGUUCAUCCCCUUUUACUGAAAGCUGUAUAUUCUGGUCUGCGACGGCCAGAUGACUUUUAGUCAUGUCUUGUCUUUUAUUUUAUUCCAUAUUUUAUUUGGAUUAGUCCUGUCUUUUUACCCUCUAGGAGUUGUCUGAGCAGUAUGAGUGUAAAAAUGAACACGAUUCCAGUGAGAUCUCUAUUCAAGUUUUGCAAGGUUUGUAGUUGGGUUAGAUGUGCCGAUGUUCGGUUAACUUAGUUGUAAUUAUUGUGAUAAGGGUUUACAUAUCAGAUUCAACACUUGAAUAGUUUCCAAGGUAUAACCAUUUCGACCAUCAAAUACUUGGGUUUGAAUUAA